GGGGGCUCGGCGGGGGGGUAUAUGACUGUGGGUCUGGCCGACGUUUCUGUGACGGCAGCGCCAAAGGCCAUAAGCCGGCUGGGCACGCUUACGGUGUAGAAAGGUGGUGGGGUCAUGGCCCUGUUUUCGGGGGCCCCCAUGAAUAAUUGGGGGAAGGCUGUUCUCCAGUGGCAAAGGCCCAUCAGGGGAGUGGAGGGUGCCAGAAAGGACUCUGGGGAUGGGGCACAUAGAAGGAUCAGCAGGGUAGCCUUAAAACUGGGGUCUUGCAUCUGUGGGAGCCCUGUGGUUUGGCUACGAUUCAGGGACCCAACUUGGAUUUCUUCUCAUCCUUGCAGCAAAACCAGAAGGAAUGAGACAGCCCAUCUGUUUUCCAGCAGCUUUUAUCUGUGAAUUUCUUAUGAACUUCAUUGUAGUAUCUGUUAUUUAAUAGCUAUAUAGUGUCAUAGCACAGGUCCAGUUGCAGUAACAUCGUGAUCUGCUGUGUGACUACUGGGCCGAUACUCUGGCAGAGCCAAUGCUAGAUCUGGAAGUGGUUCCCGAGCGAUCUCUUGGGAAUGAACAAUGGGAAUUCACCUUGGGAAUGCCAUUGGCUCAAGCUGUAGCAAUUCUUCAGAAACACUGUCGUAUUAUCAAAAACGUCCAGGUUCUGUACAGUGAGCAGUCUCCUCUUAGCCAUGACCUCAUCCUUAACCUGACUCAGGACGGAAUCAAACUGCUGUUUGAUGCUUUCAAUCAGAGACUUAAGGUGAUUGAAGUUUAUGACUUGACUAAGGUGAAGUUAAAAUAUUGUGGUGUCCAUUUUAACUCUCAGGCAAUUGCUCCAACCAUAGAACAGAUUGAUCAAUCGUUUGGAGCAACACAUCCAGGAGUGUACAACUCAGCUGAACAACUCUUCCACCUCAAUUUCAGAGGACUGUCUUUUUCUUUUCAAUUGGACUCAUGGGCUGAAACUCCAAAGUACGAGCCUAACUUUGCCCAUGGCCUAGCUUCUCUGCAAAUUCCCCAUGGUGCAACUGUGAAACGUAUGUACAUCUACAAUGGAAACAGCCUGCAGGAUACGAAGGCUCCUCUCAUGCCCCUCAGCUGUUUCCUUGGUAACGUGUAUGCAGAGAACGUUGAUGUUCUGAGAGAUGGAACUGGACCCUCAGGUUUACGGCUCCGCUUACUCACUGCAGGCUGUGCCCCAGGUGUAUUAGCUGAUGCCAAGAUGCGGGUGUUUGAGCGCUGUGUGUACUUUGGUGAUUCAUGCCAAGAUGUUCUGAGCACUUUGGGGUCUCCGCACAAAGUCUUUUACAAGUCAGAAGACAAGAUGAAAAUUCAUUCGCCCUCCCCCCAUAAGCAGGUUCCAUCAAAGUGCAAUGACUACUUUUUUAAUUACUUCACGCUUGGAGUGGAUAUUCUUUUUGAUGCAAAUACUCACAAAGUGAAGAAAUUUGUCCUGCAUACAAAUUAUCCUGGUCAUUACAACUUUAACAUAUACCAUCGAUGUGAAUUCAAGAUUCCACUAGCCGUUAAGCGAGAUAGUGCGGAUUCACAGACUGAAACAUGCACAACGUACAGCAAGUGGGAUAGUAUUCAGGAUCUUCUGGGACAUCCUGUGGAAAAGCCAGUGGUACUUCAUAGGUCAUCAUCUCCAAAUAAUACUAACCCAUUUGGAUCAACUUUUUGUUUUGGACUGCAACGAAUGAUCUUUGAGGUGAUGCAGAAUAAUCACAUAGCAUCUGUUACUUUGUACGGGCCAGCAAGGCCCAGCAGCCAGUUGAGAACAUCAGACCUUCCUCAAUGAAGCAUUACCUUCAAAAUCAGCUAAUCUAAAUGCUACAAAACUAGUACAGCGUGCCUUGAUUUACUGCCACUUAUAUGGAAAGCAUGGUAUGAUUUUUUUUCAAAAUAAAAUUCCUCCCGUCCAUGCGUGGUGCGGAGGGAAAAUUCUCUCAACCCUUCAUCAUAAGGCAUGGAACUAGUGAUGGAGGAAAGCAGCUAGAUGCCUGUGUUGUCAUUUUACUCCUCUCGGUUGGCCGUCUCCUGCACAGUACAGACCCGAAGAGACUGUCUGUCCUUCCUGAGCUGGCAGAAGGAGCAUUAAUGACUGCAAGAAUUAGAAGCACAAACAUUCUGAGCCUUGGAGCAUCUGGAAACAGGUAUUGAUAUUAGUCUGUGUUUGUGUUACUGUAUUGAUGUGGUGGUCCUGUUUUAAGAAACCAAGUAUAUAUACAUACAUUAUAUAUAUAUAUAUAUACACAUACACACACACACACACACACACAAAUAUAAACACAUAGAUAGUUCUGUGGCUUAGGACAUGGUACCAAGUGUGACAAAGGGUGUAUAUAUGUCCAUGAUUUCAGGCACCACAUCUUUGUGUAACUUCAGAACAAGCAAGUAGCAUGUGCAUAAUACUUGGUUGUGUAACAUUUGCACUACAUACACUUUAAUUACUUGAUAAACAUUAUCUUCACCGAGGAGCAUCUGUGUACGGGGUGUGAUGGUUAUUUAAUGUACACUGCGCAUUAAGCUUAUUUAUGUGGUGGAUUGAUGAAUAGUCCACCUUCCUGCACUAAUAUUUACUUGACAGGCUGAAGCAAUUGUUUUUCUGCCAUGCCUGGUUUACUAACUUUUUUUCAUAUGCCGUUUCCAAAAAAACCCCAAAAAUCUGGAAGAGAUUAUUCCUAUGACUGAAAGAGGUUUUUCUUUGACAGCAUUUUUCUUUGUACUUAAAAAUAAAAAUAAAAAAUCCAUCCCAUAAAAGAAAAUGCAGUUGCCUCAUCUACAAACAUAUUGAAAUAUGUUUGUUCUAAACCCCUAGCUCCUCCCUAUUUCCUGUAGAAAAGGAAAAAGGAAAGAGAAUUUGUGGUGAGUAUGUAGAUUAUUGAAAGAAAAAUUCCCCAACUCAUCCAGCACCAGGAAACCUCUUCCCAUGUCUCCUAAACUUUAACUUUUAUUUAAUGCCAAAGUUUUAGCCAAAGAUAUCCUCAGUCUAGUUUCACCAUCUCUGUGUAUAUAAUCUAACUGCACACCCCACCCCCAGGAAACAGGAUAUAGGCUUUUCUCUAGUCAGGAAAUGCUGCUCACUGCAUUUUAUCUCAAGUGGAUGCUUUGGGUUUGUAGUUCUAUUACAGUCUUAUUGGGGAAAAUAGCGUGUGUUCUUUGAAAUAUUAACCCUUUAUAAAAAUGGAAAAGAGAAAUGUAUAAUUUUGUCCCAUUUUUAAUAUUUUGGUGUAGCAACUUGUGAUACAUAGACAACAAUUUUGUGAGUUUUACAAUGUGUGUACAGAUUUUGUAAAUAUGACAUUUUUGUAAUUUUAACGCCAUGUACAGUGUAAUCCUGUAUAGUUUAUCAAUGAAUGGGAGAUAGGAAAUAGAAUGUUAACUAGUGUUUUGGAUCCUGGACCAGUAGCAAGGAUAAAUGUGAUUUGGUUUGUGUGAGUGUGAGAGUUUGUGUGUAUGAUAUUCUUUGCCAUUUAGUCUUCCUGUAUACUGUGACAUUCUAGAGUGUUUUACUAAAACAAAAAAGCCCCGCUGAGAAUCUAUCUAAGGAAAAAGUUACUGUUUACCUUCGUUAUUCUUAGGUGUUACUCCUGUUGAAUUCCUGUUCAAUCUGUGCUGUUUCCUGUGGUCAUUGCUUGCUGAGAAAAUUCUACACCUCCGUCUAUUUCUUUGUUUCCUUUCAAAUUUUCAUUUUGGUUUACAUAGCCCUUCUGUAAAUUAAACAGAAUACAUAAUGAGCAUGUACACUGAAAGACAAAUAAAAUGCGACUCUCAGUUACUGUUUGGUGUUGCAUACAGUUGCUGGGUGUUUUUGUAAUAAA